GCAGCGCGUUGCGACAUGGAGGGCCCGAUGGCAGUGCGGGUGACGGCCGCUCAUACGGCAGAAGCCCGGGCCGAAGCCGGGCGGGAAGCGGGCGGGGGUGGGGUUGUGGCGGCUGCGGCGGCCUUGGCUCCUGGCGGCUUCCUCGGCCUCCCGGCGCCUUUCAGCGAGGAAGAUGAGGACGAUGUGCACAGGUGUGGCCGCUGUCUGGCCGAGUUCACCACCUUGGAGGAUUUCGUCCAACAUAAGAUCCAGAAGGCCUGCCAGCGGGCCCCUCAGGACACCCUGCCUACCACCCCUGCUGCUCCCGAGCUUCUGGGCCAGGAGGUGGUCCAGGCACCAGCCCCAGAGGAGCCCAUCACCGUGGCCCACAUCAUGGUGGAGGCGGCCUCUCUGGCGGCAGACCUCGGCCACACAUCCAACCUUGUGGGCAGCGGGCACAUCAAAGAGGUCAUAGUGGCAGCUGAGGCCGAGCGGGGGGACGGCGAGGUGGCCGAGGCCCCAGGCAGGCCCAGCAACCAGGGCCUGGGGCUUGCUGGGGAGGGGGAGCCGGCCCAGGUACAGCUGCUGGUGAACAAGGAGGGCCGCUACGUGUGCAUGCUGUGCCGCAAGACCUUCAAGACGGGCAGCAUCCUCAAGGCCCACAUGGUCACCCACAGCAGCCGCAAGGACCACGAGUGCAAGCUGUGUGGGGCCUCCUUCCGGACCAAGGGCUCGCUUAUCCGGCACCACCGGCGGCACACGGAUGAACGCCCCUAUAAGUGUGCCAAGUGUGGGAAGAGCUUCCGGGAGUCGGGUGCGCUGACCCGCCACCUGAAGUCUCUCACCCCAUGCACGGAAAAAAUCCGCUUCAGCGUGAACAAGGAUGUGGCCGGUGGCAAGGAGGACGGGCCUGCAGGGUCAGGUGGUGCCAGUGCGGGGACGGUUGCAUCGUCCUCAGUGACAGGUGAGCCCAUGGAGACAUCACCCGUGAUUCACCUGGUGACAGAUGCUAAGGGUACCGUCAUCCACGAAGUCCACGUGCAGAUGCAGGAGCUGCCCCUGGGCAUGAGGGCUCUGGGCCCGGAGCCCCCUGACCCCGAGGAGCUGCUCUGUACUGGCGAGGGUGGCCAUGAGAACCUGCUGCACCAGGCUAUGCAGAACUCUGGCAUCGUUCUUGAGCGGGUAGUAGGGGAGGAGGGGGCCGCCCUGGAGCCAGCCCCUUCUGCCGAGUCCAGUCUCCAGGCCCUGGGAGACAGUCCCCCAGAGCUGCCGCUGCUGGCUGUGGAGCAAGUGGAGACAGUAGGUGCUGCGCUGCAGCAGGUGGUCAGUGAGGCUGCAGGCAUGCCCAGGGCCCACCCGUGCCCUCAGUGCAGCGAGACCUUCCCCACAGCAGCCACGCUGGAAGCCCACAAGCGGGGCCAUGCAGGACCGCGGCCGUUUGCGUGUGCACAGUGCGGCAAGGCCUUCCCUAAGGCCUACCUGCUCAAGAAGCACCAGGAGGUGCAUGUGCAUGAACGGCGCUUUCGCUGUGGGGACUGCGGGAAGCUCUAUAAGACCAUCGCCCACGUGCGCGGCCACCGGCGCGUCCACUCAGACGAGCGGCCCUACCCCUGUCCCGAGUGUGGCAAGUGCUACAAGACCAAGAAUGCUCAGCAGGUGCACUUCCGGACACACCGGGAGGAGAAGCCACAUGUGUGCCAGUUUUGCAGCCGUGGCUUCCGAGAGAAGGGUUCGCUGGUACGGCACGUGAGGCAUCACACAGGCGAGAAGCCCUUUAAGUGCUACCGCUGUGGCCGUGGCUUUGCUGAGCAUGGCACACUCAACCGGCACCUUCGCACCAAAGGGGGCUGCCUGCUGGAGGUGGAGGAGGUGCUGGUGUCUGAGAACCCCGCAGCCACAGCCACUGUUCUGACCGAGGACCCGCACACCGUCUUGGUGGAGUUCUCAUCAAUGGUGGCAGACACCCAGGAAUACAUCAUUGAGGCCACUGCGGAUGACGCAGAGACGAGCGAAGCCACGGAGAUCAUUGAGGGCACCCAGACAGAGGUGGACAGCCACAUCAUGAAGGUGGUGCAGCAGAUUGUACACCAGGCUGGCGCUGGGCACCAGAUCAUUGUACAGAACAUGACCAUGGAUCGGCAGGCUGGGGUGGGCACCGAGGCUGCUGCUGACACCAUCACCAUCGCCACCCCUGAGAGCCUGACUGAGCAGGUGGCCAUGACGCUGGCCUCGGCCAUCAGUGAGGGCACCAUGCUGACGGCCCGUGCAGGCGCCCAGGGUGCUGAGCAGGCCACUGUGACCAUGGUGGCAUCAGAAGACAUCGAGAUCCUGGAGCACGCGGGCGAGCUGGUCAUCGCCUCACCAGAGGGCCAGAUCGAGGUGCAGACGGUCAUCGUGUAGCAGGGCUGCCGCCAGGGCAGGGCCUAGGUGCAGAGGAGACGGCACGGCGAGGAUGUGGGGGUGUAAAUAGUUUUUGUUGCUUUACAAUAAAACAUGAAAAA